CUCGAUCUACAGCUAGGGAACCUUCGGUGAGUCUGCUCCAUGCCCCCAUUCUCCAUGCUUCUGAUGGAUUCGGCGUCCACGUACCGCCGCGACUACCCCUUCUUGUCGGCCUCGGCCUCGGCCUCGGCCUCCGGCUCCGGAGGCGAUGGCGACGGCGACGGCUUCUACGCAGGUGAGCCAAGAAACCCGACCGCCGGUGACUGCACCGAUGUCUUCUUGUUCCUUGCCGUCCCGGCAGGGUGGCUGGUCCGCCUGGCCGCGUUCGUCGGCGAGACCGUCGCCUCGGCCAUCCUCAGCCUCGUCCACCCCGUCGCCGCUCUCGUCGGCAGGCUGCGCGCCGUCCCCGCGGCGGUCGCCUCUCUCCUCCGGCGCGCCGCCGCUGGCACGCUCGCCGCGGCGUGCACGUUCGCGGCGCUCGCCGCCGCGUUCGGCGUGUCCCUCCUGCUCGGCUUCGCCCUCGUCCGGCACUGGGUCGCGGAGCCGGUGACGGUGCGCCACCCGCUGUAUUUCGACUACACCGAGCCGCAGCCGAGCGCCACCGUGGCGCUCGGCGGCGGAGCGGCGGCGGCGGCGCUGCCGGCCAGCCACGCCGUCAGGGUUUCCAUGGCGUUGCUGCUGCCGGAUUCCUACCACAACCGCGAGAUCGGCGUGUUUCAGAUUAAAUCGGAGGCAAUCUCGAUGAGUGGAACCACCAUCGCAUCAGCUGCACAGCCCUACAUGAUAAGAUACAAGAGCUCCCCAAUUCGGCUAAUGCAGACCACGCUGCUCUGCCUGCCACUCGCCAUGGGCAUCCGCAGCGAGAGCCAAACCGCAAACCUCAGGCUGUUUCACUACAGGGAAGGCCAUGGCCGUCACAGGAGAACAGCGCUGAUCAGAGUCCUCCUGCAGCCAAGAGCCAUGGCGGCGCAGCUGCCGCAGGUGUACCAGGCAGAGAUCAUCGUUCAGACAGCUCUUCCGUGGACGAAAGAGCUGGUUCGCGCCUUGAAAUGGACACUAUGUGUCUGGGUGUCUGUCUGUAUCUAUAUUUUCAUUAUUGCUCUGGUCAUCUGCUUUGUCCGGGCGCCUUCGGUUAUCUCUGCGAGGGACCGGAGAUUACAUGAUCAUCAGGUCAUUCAGAAGUUGUCUACUGAUUUGGAUGAGAGAUCAGAGAAGGGCUCAUGUGGAGGUGUUGGUGUUGCAGUUAAGUGGAAGGAGAGGAUGAGAAAGAGGAAAGCCCCACAUGGAACAAUCAGGUUCACAAAGGGUUCAGCUUCUGGUGUGGCUAUGGAGGAUACUGGCCAGGUGAUUGAUGGUCCUGGAGAGUGAGCUUGUGCGUUUAAUGCGAGCAUUUUUUCUAUUCUCGAGAAGGUAACAUGAGAUAUCACUGUUUUCUAUGUAAAAUUUGAUUUGAUACCUUUUAUUAUCUAAGAUACUAAGAGAUACCAAAUUUUACAUAAAAACGGUGAUACUCAUAGUAUGUGUGAUACUCAUAGUAUGUUCUCAAGGACAGUAAAAUUGCUUUUAGUGGGAAACAUGUGUUGACUUCUGAUCAUAGUUUGGUCUAGGCAAGGUGAUGUUAAGACUCCCAGGAGCUUUAUAUAAUACGACUGGUCGCAACGAUGACACUUCAAAUGUAUAUGUUGCAAGCGAGAUAUUUCAAGUUUAAACACAUAUUCAUUGUUCCCCUUGCUACUUACAUGUGUGAUGUGUUAAUAUUUAACAGUGCAACUUUACUAAAAUUUAUAUGUAUCAACUUACC